GAGAAAGCGACAUUAUCCAUAAAAACCCCGACAAUGAGGCAGAGAGUGAGUGCAGUUUUCUCUCUCAUCAAGGGGAAAGCAUGAAGCUGUUCAUCCUCAUUGCUCUGGUUGGGCUGAGCGCUGCUCAGCACAACCCCAACAUCAGGAAUGGGAGGACAGCUCUUGUCCACCUGUUUGAGUGGCGCUGGGCCGACAUUGCUCAGGAAUGCGAGCGCUUCCUGGGGCCAAAUGGCUUCGGUGGGGUUCAGAUCUCUCCUCCCAAUGAGCACAUUGUGCUGAACAGCCCCUGGAGGCCCUGGUGGCAGAGAUACCAGCCUAUCAGCUACAAGCUGUGCUCCAGAUCAGGCAGUGAGGCAGAGCUGAGAGACAUGAUCUCCAGAUGUAACAACGUUGGGGUCAGUAUCUACGUGGACGCUGUCAUCAACCACAUGUGUGGAGCUGGUGGUGGUGAGGGGACUCACUCUUCAUGUGGAAGCUGGUUCAGUGCAGGCAGGAAGGACUUCCCCAGCGUUCCCUUUUCCAACAUGGACUUCAACGAUCAUAAAUGCAGGACUGGCAGUGGCAACAUAGAAAACUAUGGCGAUGCCAAUCAGGUGCGUGACUGUCGUCUGGUUGGUCUGCUGGAUCUCGCUCUGGAGAAAGACUACGUCAGAGGCAAAGUUGCUGCCUACAUGAACCAGCUGAUUGACAUGGGAGUGGCUGGAUUCAGAGUGGAUGCUUGCAAGCACAUGUGGCCCGGUGACCUGGAUAAUGUUUAUCGUCGUCUUCACAGCCUCAACACCAAAUGGUUCCCAGGAGGCUCCAGGCCCUUCAUCUUCCAGGAGGUUAUUGAUCUGGGAGGUGAGCCCAUCUCCUCCAGGGAGUAUUUUGGUCUGGGAAGAGUAACUGAAUUCAAAUAUGGAGCUAGAAUUGGAGCUAUCUUCAGAAAAUGGAAUGGAGAGAAGCUGUCUUACACCAAGAACUGGGGAGAAGGAUGGGGCUUCAUGCCUAAUGGGAAUGCUGUUGUGUUUGUUGAUAACCAUGACAACCAGAGAGGUCACGGUGCUGGGGGAGCAUCCAUCGUUACCUUCUGGGACUCCAGACUCUACAAGAUGGCUGUUGGCUACAUGUUGGCCCAUCCUUAUGGAGUGACCAGGGUCAUGUCUAGCUACCGCUGGGAUCGCCACUUUGUGAACGGAAAGGACCAGAAUGACUGGAUUGGACCUCCCAGCAACGGCGAUGGAUCCACCAAGCCUGUGACCAUCAAUCCUGACCAGACAUGUGGAAAUGGAUGGGUGUGUGAGCACAGAUGGCGUCAGAUCAAGAACAUGGUCGUUUUCCGUAAUGUGGUCAAUGGACAGCCUCACUCCAACUGGUGGGACAACCAGAGCAACCAGGUUGCCUUUGGACGUGGCAAUCGUGGUUUCAUUGUCUUUAACAAUGAUGACUGGAACUUGGAUGUGACCCUGAACACCGGCAUGCCUGGUGGCACCUACUGUGAUGUCAUUUCUGGUCAGAAGGAAGGCGGCAGGUGCACUGGGAAGCAGAUCAAUGUCGGGGGUGAUGGGCGUGCCCAUUUCUUUAUCAGCAACAGAGAUGAGGACCCCUUCAAAAGCAUGAAGCUCUUCACCUUUGUUGCCCUGCUUGGGCUAAGCUACAGCCAACAUAACCCACACUUUAGGCACGAAAGGACGGCAAUUGUUCACCUGUUUGAGUGGCGCUGGGCUGACAUCAGCGAGGAGUGUGAACGUUUCCUGGGUCCCAAAGGAUUCGGAGGUGUUCAGAUCUCUCCUCCCAAUGAACACAUUGUGCUGGAUAGUCCCUGGAGGCCCUGGUGGCAGAGAUACCAGCCUAUCAGCUACAAGUUGUGCUCCAGGUCUGGCAGUGAGGAUGAGUUCAAAGACAUGGUCACAAGAUGCAACAACGUUGGGGUCAACAUUUAUGUGGAUGCUGUCAUCAACCACAUGUGUGGAGCUGGAGGAGGGGAAGGAAACCAUUCUUCAUGCGGAAGCUGGUUCAACGCUGGAAAAGAGAAUUUUCCCAGUGUUCCCUAUUCCUCUUGGGACUUCAAUGAUAAAAAAUGCAUGACUGGAAGUGGCGGUAUUGAAAACUACAGUGAAAAACAUCAAGUGCGUAACUGUCGUCUGGUCAGCCUUCUGGACCUCGCCCUGGAGAAAGAUUAUGUUAGGGGCAAAAUAGCUGAGUAUAUGAACAACCUGGUUGACUUGGGAGUGGCUGGAUUCAGAGUGGACGCUUGUAAGCACAUGUGGCCUGUUGACCUGGAGAAUAUUUAUCAUCGUCUUCACACUCUCAACACUACAUGGUUCCCCAGUAACUCCAGACCCUUCAUCUACCAGGAGGUUAUAGAUUUGGGGGGUGAGGCAAUCUCAUCUGCAGAGUAUUCCCAUCUUGGAAGAGUGACUGAGUUCAAGUAUGGCACCAAACUGGGGACUGUCUUCAGAAAAUGGAACGGGGAGAAAUUACUUUACACCAGGAGCUGGGGAGAAGGAUGGGGCUUCAUGCCUAAUGGAAAUGCUGUUGUCUUUAUUGAUAACCAUGACAACCAGAGGGGUCAUGGUGCUGGUGGUUCGUCCAUAGUUACCUUCUGGGACUCCAGACUCCACAAAAUGGCUGUUGGCUAUAUGUUGGCCCACCCUUAUGGAGUGGCCAGGGUCAUGUCUAGCUACCGCUGGGAUCGUAACUUUGCAAAUGGAAAAGACCAGAAUGACUGGAUGGGUCCUCCCAGUAACAGCGAUGGAUCCACCAAGCCUGUUCCGGUCAACCCUGACCAGACAUGUGGAGACGGAUGGGUGUGUGAGCACAGAUGGCGUCAGAUCACGGACCUGGAUGUGACUCUGAACACUGGCCUGCCUGGUGGUACCUACUGUGACAUCAUUUCUGGACAAAAGGAAGGAAACAGUUGCACUGGGAAGCAGAUCAAUGUUGGUGCUGAUGGCCAGGCACACUUUAGGAUCAGUAACAGAGAUGAGGACCCCUUUGUUGCUAUUCAUGUUGAAGCUAAGCUG